AACCAACCAUUCUUCCAUUCUUCCCUCCUCUUCCCUGUUCCUGUUGCAUUCUCUCUAGUCAUGUCUCAAGUCUCAAUCGUAUUCAUACGAGAGUAUUCUUCAAAAUUCUCUCUCUCUCUCUCUCUCUCUCUCUCUCUCUAAGCUUAUUAGCUCAGACCCAGAAACAAGGACUAAGUAAUCAUUUUAUCUUUGGAGCAAUUCUAUCUUCUUCUCUGAUCGAAAAUUUGAAUGCGUGGUCAAAUUCAGAAAUCUAGAAGUGGUUAAUGGCGGGUUCUGCUCUGUUAUCCUCUCUUAUACCCGAGCUUGGUAUUUCCUCUUUCCUAAACAAGGAAACUGUUGUUUCCCUCACUGUGUUCUUCACCCUACUAUGUGCUUGCAUCGUGAUCGGUCAUCUUCUUGAAGAAAACCGAUGGGCUAAUGAGUCCAUCACUGCUCUUCUUCUGGGAUUAUGUGCUGGGGUUGUUGUGCUGUUGGUGAGUAAAGGCCAAAGCUCGCAAAUACUCAAUUUCAGUGAGGAAUUAUUCUUCAUUUAUCUCCUUCCUCCUAUCAUUUUCAAUGCUGGUUUUCAGGUCAAGAAGAAGCAGUUUUUUCGUAACUUCUCAACAAUAUUGUCAUUUGGGGCUAUUGGCACACUGAUAUCAUUCUGCCUUAUCUCCCUAGGAGCAAUAUUUAUAUUAAAAAGGAUUGGCAUCGCAUCCUUGAGCACUCAAGAUUAUCUAGCGGUUGGUGCCAUAUUAUCAGCCACAGAUUCUGUUUGCACAUUACAGGUUCUCAGUCAAGACAAGACACCCUUGCUUCAUAGUCUUGUAUUCGGGGAGGGAGUAGUGAAUGAUGCAACCUCUAUUGUACUUUUCAAUGCAGUCCAAACACUCGAUAUGAGCAGUAUCAAUGCUUUCCUGGCUUUAAAACUUUUUGGGACCUUCCUUUACCUCUUCUUCACAAGUACAGCACUUGGCAUAGCAGUGGGUCUUAUCAGUGCUUAUAUUAUAAAAACAUUAUACUUUGGAAGUUAUGGUUGUGAUUAUGAUUACGUUCCUGAUGCUUCGUUUCUUAAGAAACAGCUCAUUUGUCUGUUAUCCCUUAGUGGGAUUUUGACAGUUUUCUUUUGUGGCAUUGUUAUGUCACACUAUACAUGGCAUAAUGUUACUGAAAGCUCAAGGAUAACAACCAAGCAUGCAUUUGCAACUAUUUCAUUUAUUGCAGAAACUUUUAUAUUCCUGUAUGUUGGUAUGGAUGCCUUCGACGUUGACAAGUGGAAAGCAAGCCAUACGAGCUGCCUGAUUGGGAGCCUUCAUGGUGGAUUUCACUGUAGGGUCCGAUAUAACUGUUGUUUGAUAAUUACUUAUAUAGUGUUUGGAUCAAUAACAAAGCCUCUGAUUGAAGCUUUACUAUUUCAACAUUCAAAGCAAUCAAAUACAGACGCAUCUGAAAACCAAAGCUCUGAAGAAUUACAUAUAUCGCUUCUUGAAAAUGGAUUAUUGCCAAGUGAAGAGGGUGGCCAUGGAACACUCACCAGGAGAAGUAGUCUAAGCUUGCUAAUAAGUUAUCCCACAUCAACUGUUCACUACUUCUGGAGGAAAUUUGAUGAUAGAUUCAUGAGGCCAAUGUUUGGAGGCCGGGGUUUUGUUCCAUUUGUUCCUAGUUCACCCACUGGUGCAGAAGAAGUACAUUCUCAAACAUGAAGGCAAGCCUGUUUACUCUUCUGCCAUAUAUUUACUAUUUCUUCCAUUGGGUCUGUAUCAUAUCAAAUAAAUUCAGUUCUUACAGUUAUAGGAAAUCCGAAUAUCACUUGAGGAAAUAUCAUGCGAUCUGCUUUACU